GAUCUCCAUGACCUGGUCUCUGAUGGCCAGAAGAGAGCAGGGAGUUCUUAACUGGAUCCAUUCUGUUACUCCCAAUUUUGAAGAAUCCAGGUCUGUUUUUCGGCUUUUCGAUUUUCUAGCUGCGGUGAAGUGGUGUCAAUGGAGGAACCGAACGAGGUGGUGGAACAACUCGUUCAGAUUGUGAAGGAAGCUUCUGGGUUUCCAGAGUGUCGGAGUACAUCGAAGAAGAUGUACCAUAAUCUUCUGAGGAGGGUGAAGCUGUUGAACCCUCUUUUUGAGGAAUUGAGGGAUAGAGAGGCGCCUCUGGGCGAGGAAGACGCUCGAGCUCUGAAUAUGUUGAAGGUCGCCUUGGAAUCAGCCAAGGAGCUUCUUCAGUCGGUGAACGAAGGAAGCAAGCUCUAUCAGGCUCUAUAUGGGGAGAUAAUUGCAGGUAAAUUCCUGAAGGUGACAGAACAAAUUGAAAAGGCAUUGAGUGAGAUUCCUUAUGAUAAACUCGAUUUAUCAGAGGAAGUUCAUGAGCAGAUUGAACUCGUGCAUGCUCAAUUUAGAAGGGCAAAAGAAAGAAUGGAGUCGCCCGAUUUCCAACUGAAACCGGAUUUGAUUACAGCACAUAAAGAAAAGAGCUUUGAUCCCGCAGUUCUAAGGAAACUUUCAGAAAAGCUGCAGCUCAGGACUAUUAACGAUAUCAAGAAAGAGGCAUUUGCUCUGCACAAAAUGGCCGACUCAACUGAUGGAGAUCUAAGAGAAUGUCUCGAGGAAAUGAAAGGUUUACUCAAAAAACUUAAUGGCUACGUACUCACAGGAGAUUCAGAAGCAGAAACCUCCAAGGGUGAAAAGAGCUUUAAGCACAGGUCUCCUGUCAUUCCAGAUGAUUUUCGGUGCCCAAUAUCUCUUGAGUUGAUGAAAGAUCCUGUCAUUGUCGCUACUGGACAGACUUAUGAACGUUCCUGCAUUCAGAAAUGGCUGGAUGCAGGGCACAAGACUUGUCCCAAGACACAGCAGACUCUGUUGCAUACAUCCCUGACACCAAACUAUGCAUUGAAGAGUCUCAUCACUCAGUGGUGUGAGAGCAAUGGCAUUAAACUUCCAAAGAAACAAGGAAGUUGCAGAAACAAGAAGUCUGGAAGUUGUGCAUCUGAUUGUGAUCAAACAGCCAUCAAUGCCCUACUACAGAAAUUAUCAAUUGGGAACACUGAAGAGCAGAGGGCAGCUGCUGGUGAGCUCCGGUUGUUGGCAAAAAGGAAUGCAGAUAACCGAGUAUGUAUUGCAGAGGCAGGAGCCAUUCCCCUGCUUGUCAAUUUACUAUCUUCCCAGGAUCCUAGGACACAGGAGCAUGCAGUCACAGCACUUCUCAACCUCUCCAUUAAUGAGGCAAACAAGGGAAGAAUUGUUAAUGCAGGAGCCAUACAUGAUAUAGUGGAGGUGCUCAAGAAUGGCAGCAUGGAAGCAAGGGAAAAUGCAGCUGCCACUCUUUUCAGUUUGUCUGUUGUAGAUGAGAAUAAGGUGGCGAUUGGGGCAGCAGGCGCUAUCCCUGCUCUUAUUGGUUUGCUCUGUGAAGGAAGUCCAAGAGGCAAGAAAGAUGCUGCCACUGCUAUUUUUAACCUAUCAAUCUAUCAAGGAAACAAGGUGAGGGCCGUGAGGGCUGGGAUUGUAGCACCACUGAUGAAGCUGAUGAUGGAUGCGAGUGGUGGGAUGGUGGAUGAGGCACUUGCAAUACUGGCAAUCCUUGCAAGCCACCAAGAAGGGAAGGUGGCUAUAGGUCAGGCUGAUCCUAUCCCAAUCUUAGUUGAGGUAAUGAAAACUGGGUCCCCGCGAAACCGGGAGAAUGCUGCAGCUGUGUUGUGGUCACUGUGUACAUGCGAUGCACAGCAUAUUAAAAAUGCUAAGGAACAUGGAGCAGAAGAGGCAUUGAAGGAAUUGACAGAGAAUGGUACAGAACGAGCCAAGAGAAAAGCAGGAAAUAUUCUGGAGCUCAUUCAUCGGGCAGUUGAUGCAGUUGAGGAACCAUGAAACUCAACCCAUGUCUCUUCUAACCAAACAGAAAGUUCAGGAAAUGUCUUCCUCUGCAGUUAGGAUGAGGUUUAUGUGGAUCAAUAAACAUGAAUUCCACAUGUAAUUUAUGUGUACGAGGUAAAUUAAAAGGUGGUGUACAUUGGUGAAUGGAAGUGUUUUGACUGCUUAAAGUGAAUUGUUGUUUACGUUUAAUCUGUAUAAAUCAUAGUAAGGAUCCUUCUGAGUA